AACAAAGGUAGAGCAACCAGAGGGCCCCUGGGGCUGGCUUCACAUUCACCCCUUAUGUCUGAUUGGCAGAUGUAGGGGAAGAAAUCGGGAGAGAGAGAGAUUCUUUGCAUUUGUUCACACCAGCUCUAUGCAGUUCAAUAAAAGCUGUGCUCCUCUCCAGGCAUGAGGACUUUGGCUGCUUGUAUCAGGGGAAGGAGAUGGACAGGGUCUUGGAAUCAGUGAAGCAGAUAGUCUUCAGAGUGCUACCCCACACAGAUGCAGACAGUGUCUUCAAGGACUUGAAUGUAGUGGGGAUGCUGCAUGAGUUCUGGGAGCAGAAGCAAGCGGGAGGAUCGCUGUGUGGCACUGAGAGCCUGGUGGUGUACGAGUCUGUGCCCUCUCCCAGCCCACCCUUCGUGUGCUACGUCACGCUGCCAGGGGGCAGCUGCUUCGGGAACUUCCAGGACUGUCUCUCUAAGGCAGACAGCAGACGUGCUGCAGCGCGGGUAGCGCUCAUGAACUCUGUGUUUAACGAGCUGCCUUCUCGCAGGAUAACACAAGAAUUCAUCAGCCACAGUGUCCAGGAAGCAGCCUCCACAGCCAGUGGUUGUGUGGGUGAUGCCAUGGAUCCUGGUACAAGCAUUGGGGUCUAUUGCUACAUGCUGCAGUCAAACCUGGGCAAAACCAUGCUGGAAUUUCAGGAACUAAUGACAGUGUUCCAGUUAUUACACUGGAACGGGAGCCUAAAGAUAUUCAGGGAGAGAAAAUGUUCCCGUCAGGAAGUCAUUUCAUAUUAUUCACAGCACCGCUUGGAAGAGUGCUUCCGCAGCCACAUGGCGCUGGACUGGAUCUCGAAGGAGCAGGAGACCCCAGGGAUCAUCUCCUGGGAGCUGCAGGUGGCCCUGAGGGAGCUGGAGGAAGCCCGGAGAGCAGGCAGGGAGCUGCGCUUCUACAAGGAAAAGAGAGAGAUCCUGAGUCUGGCUCUCAGUCAGAGGCACAGCGAAGGGGCGAGUGCAGAGUGAGUGUCAGGAGUC